AUGAAAACCUACGAGUAUCCUCGAGUCCGUCCUCCCACUUCUCUGCAGCCACCUCAGCAACCGGCCGACAAUCGGUUUUCGUGGAUGACCACGUCCGCAGACGAGGAGAAUCGUGUGGGAGCAAAAAGACAGACAAUCAUUUCAACACAACCGCCUUCACAGGCUGUUGCACAACAAGAACCGCCGCAAGGACAGAUUCCGAUGCCGAGUAUGGAACCACAGGUCUAUAGAGACGAUGUGGUUCCGCAUCAUCUGCACAAUCCGGCGGUUGCACAACAGCAAUACAUGCAGGCCGUUCAGCAACCUGGCGCUUACACCUCACAACCGUAUCCUGCCCACGUACCUCUACAUCAACCACCCCAAACGCAGACUUUACAAUAUUCCAAACCCUCUCUACCACAACCUCCCGAACCUGCGAAAAAAUCGACCAUUCCCGAAAACGAACCCACGGGGCCUAUUGCGCCAGAUACGAAUCCUUUGACACCGACGAAUCGUAAACCCAAUCGUGCCAGCACCAACAUGGCCAUCGUUCCUCCUGCGGCCGAUUCCGCUCACUUCUCAGCCCACGUAUUUACUCCGAGUCCACAGUCCAUAAAAGGCGGCUCGUGGCAGCAUAGUUUUUGCUCUUGUGCCGAACCUUCAACCUGCCUAACCGGGCUGUUCUGCCCGUGCAUUGUAUAUGGAAAGACCCAAUAUCGGCUGGGAUUGAGAGACGAAAGGAAAGAUCCGACAAAUAUGCUGGGGUACACGGCGCUCAACGGGUCUUGCAUUGCUUUCGGUCUUCUCUGUGGCGUGAAUGGGAUACUGGCUGCAAUCCAGCAUACGCGGGUGCGGAAGACCUACACCAUGAGCAACGAGGCCGGGAACGUUGCUGGGGACUGUGUCAAGGGCAUUUGCUGCUGUUGCUGUGUGGUCGCUCAGGAUGAGAAGGAGGUCAAAUUUCGAGAAGAGCAGGUGAGGAAACCAACAGGGUCUGGGGCGAGGAGAGAAGGAUAUGUACCUCCUACAACUAUGGCCUUCAACCCUCCACCGCAGGCGAAGUGA